GUGUGAUAUAUAUAAUUAAUUAUAUUCUUUUUCUUAUUCCAUGGCAUUUUCUCUUCAUGAAUCUUUUAUCAUCGAAACAGCAUUAGUACUGCUAGCAUUUGCUGGUUCCAUUGGAAUGACAUUUGUUAUUCUUGGUUGUGCGUUACCAAUAUACAAAGUAUGGUGGCCAUUUUUUGUCGUAUUAUUCUAUAUAUUGGCACCUAUCCCAACCAUAAUAGCCCGCCGUUAUACAGAUGAUUCAGGAAGCAACAGUAAUCCAUGUUUAGAAUUGGCAAUAUUUAUUACAAUGGGAUUUGUAGUAUCAUCAUUUGCUCUUCCAAUCGUGUUGGCACGAUCUCCAGUGGACCAACCAGUAAUACAAUGGGGCGCGUGUUAUUUGACAUUAGCAGGUAAUAUUGUUGUGUAUUCAACUCUAGUCGGAUUUUUCAUAACCUUCGAUCAAGAUGAUACUGAUUACAACAUGUGGUGAAGCACUACUAUAUUGUACUUAUCAUGAUAAAAAUGUUUUUUAUGAGAUUAAAAGAAAAAAUCAAUCAUAUGGUGCACUGACUGAAAGCUACAUGUUGAUUAUAAAUUGCUAUAAACUUAUUCUACACAGUUUACAUAAUAUAAAUCUAAUAUGGAUACUCUUCUAUAUCGAUGCUGCAAGAAAAGAAAAUAGUAUUAUAGUGCACUAACAAUAGAAUGUGUCAAUGACACUAUGCUAUUUAUCGAUUGAUAAACAAAUAUUGGAAUUCUUCGGAUUUCCCAUGUGUUAUAAAGCAGCAAGAAAGCAUUUGAUGUUUUAGAUUUUUCGUAUGGGACUAUUCAGGACAACCUGAAACGCAACAAUGCAAGGAUGUUGAAAAUAUUUUUUAUUUAAUCUAAGUCUUUCGUAUCAUAAUGGUAAUAAAGCUACAAUUUAUUACUUUA